CUUUCACACUCCUUUUUCUUCUAACUAUAAAUCCAUUAGUUUACGCAGGGGCCGUCCCAGUGCUCUGCCCUAUAAAUACCAGCCCCCACCCAACCCAUUCGAUUACCUCAAACCUCAUUCUAAACCAAGCAUGACCAGGAGUUCAGAGAUCGAAAGCCUCUGGCUAUUCGCCAUCGCGUCCAAAUGCAGAGCCUUUACCCAUGAUAACAUUGCCUUGUCCCUCCUCUUGGUGGGUUUAAUUUGGCUCGCCAUCUCUUUCCUCCACUGGUCUCACCCUGGCGGCCCCGCUUGGGGCAAAUAUUUCUGGCGCAAAGUGCUCUUCCUCGCACCAUCCUCCUCUUCUCUAUCUCUCUUCCACGCGAUCCCCGGUCCCAGGGGAUUGCCUCUUUUCGGAAGCAUGGGCCUCAUGCUCCACUUAGCUCAUCACCGGGUUGCCGCUGCCGCUGAAGCCUUUGGCGCCAAGCGCCUGAUGGCCUUCAGCCUCGGCGACACUCGGGUCAUCGUGACAUGUAACCCUGAAGUCGCCAGAGAAAUCCUCAACGGCUCCGUGUUUGCCGAUCGCCCUGUGAAAGAGUCAGCUUACAGGCUGAUGUUCAACAGGGCAAUUGGCUUCGCUCGCCACGACGUCUACUGGCGAACCCUCCGGAGAAUUGCCGCCGCUCACCUUUUUUUCCCGAACAAAAUCAAGGCUUCCGAGUCGCAGCGGAGCGCUAUUGCUUCUCAGAUGGUCGCGGUUCUGCUCGCUUCCCGAGAGCAACCCAUGACCGUUCGCCAACUGCUGAAGCGAGCCUCACUGAACCACAUGAUGAGCUGUGUGUUCGGACAAUCCUACGACUUGAGCUGCACGAGCAGCGAAGUGAAAGAGCUGACGGAGAUGGUGGACGAAGGGUACGAGUUAUUAGGCACGCUGAAUUGGUCCGACCAUGUCCCCUGGAUGGCAGAGCUGGACCCUCAAAAGAUCAGAUUCAGGUGCUCUAGGCUGAUGCCCAAAGUCAACCGCUUGGUUAGCCGAAUCAUCGCAGAGCAUCGAGCUCGACCGGCCGCCGACCACCGGGACUUUGUGGACGUUCUGCUCUCACUUCAGGGUCCUGAUAAACUGUCCGACUCCGAUAUCAUCGCCGUUCUGUGGGAAAUGAUAUUUCGAGGGACGGACACGGUGGCGGUGCUGAUGGAGUGGAUCAUGGCGAGGAUGGUGGCGCACCCGGAAGUUCAAGGGAGGGUCCAGGAGGAGCUCGACAGGGUGGUGGGAAUGUCAAGGGAGGUCAGCGAAUCGGACAUAGGGGACCUGCCUUAUCUCCAAGCCGUAGUGAAGGAAGUGCUGAGGCUGCACCCGCCGGGCCCGCUGCUGUCGUGGGCCAGGUUGGCCAUCACUGACACGACCGUGGACGGGCAUCACGUGCCAGCAGGGACGACGGCCAUGGUCAACAUGUGGGCCAUCUGCAGGGACCCCCUUGUCUGGCCCGACCCGCUCCUGUUCAGGCCCGAGAGGUUCCUGGGCGGGGGCGAUGGAGGGGAAGGGGCGGAGUUCUCGGUGCUCGGGUCGGACCUGAGGCUGGCCCCGUUCGGGUCGGGGAGGAGGGCCUGCCCCGGGAAGGCGCUGGGGCUGACGACUGUCACGUAUUGGGUGGGAGCCAUGUUGCAGGAGCACGAUUGGAGGGGGGCGGCGGGGGGUGAGGACAACCGAGUUGACUUGUCGGAGUUUCUCAGGCUGUCUUGCGAGAUGGCGAACCCUCUCGCCGUCACACUCCGCCCGAGGCGCGUGCCGUCGCGCACGUCAAGCUGAACCUGGAACAAACAACAAACAACACCACCCCCACCAAAAAAAAGCAAAUUAAAAAAAAAAGAAACUGAAGAAAAGACCUUAAUACUAUCGUCAAAAUAAGCUUUUCUUUUCAAAGGGGUAAGAUAAAGUCAACGACCAGAACAAGAGUGUAGGGCUAGGUUAUCAUGGAGAGGGUGGUGGGUGGCUGGGUGGGUGUGUGUGGUUAUAGCAGCUUAAAAGAAAACCCCCUCUCGUCAUCAAAUUUAAGUUUGGUUGUUUUUUUCUUGUGGUUCCAUAAUAGUCUUGGAGUUACAGCGGCCUUCUCUUCUCUUCUCUUCUCCUUUCUUACUUUUGUUUUGAUUAGCUCGACGUUUGUCGGAGAUGUGUAUUAUCGUUUUGAUUUCCCAACGUUUUAGCCGGUGUACAUACUGGUCAAAGCUAGCACAAAGCUUCUUCACGUA